GGUUCGACAAAGAUGCUCCUCUUGCUCUGUCUGACCGCCCUCUCCUCCGCGGGGUUCUCCAUGGAGACCAACCAGAGCUCCAGGCUGCUGGUGGAGAGCGGGGAGCAGUGCUCACCCUGCGAGUACCGGGAGCACAACAAGCAGAUGAGGCUCCACAGCAUCAAGUCCCAGAUCCUCAGCAUCCUGCGGCUGGAGCAGGCGCCCAACAUCAGCCGGGACAUGAUCCGCCAGCUGCUGCCCAAAGCGCCGCCUCUGACGCAGCUGCUGGAGCAGUACGACCCGCGGGUGGAGGAGGAGGACCACGCCACCACGGAGACCAUCAUCACUAUGGCCACCAUGCACAACCCAAUCUCCCAGGACGAGUUGUCCUCCUGUUGCCUCUUCAGCCUCAGUCCGAAGAUCCAGCCCAGGAACAUCCUACUGGCUCAGCUGUGGGUUCACCUGCGGCCGGCCCACAUGGUCACCACCGUCUUCCUGCAGCUCUCACACCUCAAACCCGGAAAGGAGGGAAACAACACCCGUGUGCGAGUGCGCUCGCUGAAGAUCGACAUCGACGCCGGCGCCGGUUCCUGGCAGAGCGUCGACAUCAAGUCCAUGCUGCAGACUUGGCUGCGACAACCGGAGGAAAACUACGGCAUCGAGAUCAACGCCUACAACUCCAGGGGAGAGGAUCUGGCUGUGACGUCUGCCGAGCCUGGAGAGGAAGGACUGCAACCCUUCAUCGAAGUGAAGAUCCUCGACAGCCCCAGGAGGUCCCGGCGCGACUCGGGCCUCAACUGCGACGAGGAGUCUGCGGAGACGCGCUGCUGCCGCUACCCGCUGACCGUCGACUUCGAGGAGUUCGGCUGGGACUGGAUCAUCGCGCCCAAACGCUACCGGGCCAACUACUGCUCGGGCGAGUGCGAGUUCAUGCACCUGCAGCAGUACCCGCACGCGCACCUGGUGAACAAGGCCAACCCGCGGGGCACGGCCGGGCCCUGCUGCACCCCCACCAAGAUGUCGCCCAUCAACAUGCUCUACUUCAACCGCAAGGAGCAGAUCAUCUACGGGAAGAUCCCGUCCAUGGUGGUCGACCACUGCGGCUGCUCCUGA